AUGUCUAGACGCGACCCUCUCUUCCCUGCGGGCUCCAUCGGUCGCUCCGGCCUUGCCAUCCAGCGCGAUACCUCUCACGAAAGCUUGACUGCCCAUCCUCUCCUCUCCCCCGCCCCGGCAAUUUCACCCUCGCCCUCCACAUCGCCCUCUACUGCAGCCGUUUCGACUACGGUUGAUACGCCGCUUGCUGGUGCCGUGGCACCGGGGCCGCGGUAUGUGCCAUACACACCUAGACAACGGGGAGCACCAUCCCCGGCAACCACUACCACCACCACGGGCGCGUCUAUGCAUCCGGCGGCACCUCCAGAUCGUGACGCAGCGAACAGGUUACAGCUGAUGAACCUUAAAGCCGCGGCGCAGAAGGAUGGGCUUGAUGCGGCAAGUACAGGCUGGCUCAUACUGGAGAAGUUCGCGCUGGAGGCGGAGCGUUUGCCCGAAUGGAACGAGGUGUGGAACGCUGUCGUAGACGGCAAGGCCACACUCUUGCUGCCCCGCGACCAGCAUCCGGCGAAUGUGUCCAUCACGCCAGAUUUCAUCAAGGACCACGUCGCGUUCUGCGAUGCAAGCGCGGCAUCCCGGACCACGAGUGUCACAACUCUAUCAGGGCUUCGCGGCUCAAUCACAGAGAAUGCACUGACAUUCCGGUCGACCUUAUCACCGGCCUCAAAGCCAUUUCAAGCAUUGCUGAGUCCAUCUACACGAGCGUCGGCGUACGCAGCCCUCGCUCCGCUCCCGCGACCCCUGUCGUCUUCGCCAACUGCACAUCCAUACCCUUCUUUCGCAGUACACGCGCACGUCGCUAACCUCCCGCUCCCACCCCGGCCUGCACCGCAUUCUAAGGGUCCCCCGCUUCCUCCACGCCCUCCGGUGCGACCCGGCAUCUCCACCCAACCCGCUGGCAGCACAAGUACUGCAGCGCGACUCUCCAACCCCUUCGCGUCACUUUUCGGCCGUGCUAAUGUGAGCACGCCGACUCCUCCCGCAAGUCCGACGACGGGGCCUUUGGCGCUUCCCACCGAGAGCCCGGCGACGUCACCUGGUUUGUCGACCUCGCCCGCCGGUACUCCUCCUGUUCCUAGCACUGAGCAUAGCACGCCACACAACGUUCCGGCAUAUGUCAUAAGCGCACGCAUACAGCGCGCGCAGGUGCUAGCUGGGAUUGCGAAUGCCCUGAAAGGAGAGCUCGAGGACGUCUUGACGAGCGAGGGGGUGCCGCUGUGGGCCAGGGAGAAGGUCAUCGCAUGGUCCCACUUCCUAGCGCCGGUGGUCCCGGGCAAGCCUGCGCCAGUAACGGGCGCGAGGCGUGUCAGCGGACUCGGUCCCACUGGAAGUCCAGGACGGAAGGCCUCAGACACACCGACAUGGGAGAUCGCGGGCGACCUGACAGCCGCCGUCGUAGAGGGCGGAACUGAGGAGGUCGCGCGCAAGAUGCAGGAGUUCUGGUACGAGCUCGAGGAUGAGGUCGGCAAGCGGUGGGCAGAGGACGUUGCUCGAGAGCGCCAGAAAGGCAGGCGGUGGCGUAGGCACCCGAAAGCUGGCAGCGGAAGCGAGGGUGAGAGCGAGAGAGACAAGGAGGAGAAGGAGACCGAGCGGGAUGCGAGCGAGCAGCAGGAGAAAGAGGGCAACACGGACGAGGAGCGAGACAGUCCGAAGUCGCUGCAUGUGACGCGCGUCAUGGACGCCGUGGAGAGGGUGAUUUGCUCGCUCUUCUACGACAGACUUUUCCUACCGCCUGGUUCAGACGAUGUGUCUCACGACGAGGCGCUGUCUAGUCGCAUUGCAGCAGUCAACUUGCUGGACCUUGGACUUGGUCAUUUGGGCGUCGAGGUAGGCCGCGCUACGAGAGAGGUUGAGGCAUUGGUCAAGGCAUGUGGGCAGACCCUUAUGCAACUUGACUCCGUAUGCCGCGCUCCAGCCGACAAAGCUGGAGUGCUGGUAUCGGUGCAUAAGAUCCUCGUAGAUGGCCUUUCGAAGCUGCCGCCUUUGCGCCUGAGGGCGGAGGACGAAAUGGCGGACGAGAAAACACCCCGUGCGAGUUCGUUCAAUCGCAACCAGGGGUCCGACGACGACGAUUCGGACAGGGCUGUCUCUCCUCCGCCUGCAGUCAUCGUCUCCCCCGAUAGCGAAAGCCCAGCUGCCGAAUUGCAACCCUUGGCCCCCAGCGAUCACCCAGGACUGCUCACGCCCGACAAUGCCUCUGCCAACUCCGACUCAAUACGGACACCCUCUCCCAUUCUGACCGUCUCCCCGCCGCCCGAGGCCCCGUCGCGCCCACUGUCCCCUGUCACGACGCCGACGCCCGUCUCAGGCGAUAUCAUUCUCCCGCUAUUGAUAUUCGCCGUGGUGAAGGCGAACCCGCCUCACCUCGUGUCGCACCUCCUUUUCACCCAACGCUUCAGGCGCGAGCGGGCCGCCGGAGGCGAGGAGGGCUAUUGUCUCGUAAAUCUCAUGGCCGUUGCCGAGUUCCUGGAGAACGUCGACCUCGCCGCGCUGGGCCUGGGCGAAAGCGAGAAGAUGGUGAUUAGCACCGCAGAACUCUCUCCCAUCCCUAUCAACCGCGCGGGCUCGGAGUCGGGCUCGCCGCGCAUGCCCCAAGCGAGCUUGCGCGGCCGCGUAGAGCAGCAAGUCGACGCGCUCGCAGGCUCCGCGAACAAGGUGCUCACGGGCGUCGUCGACACGUCCUUCGGUGUCUUGCGUGCGUUCCUCCCUGGGCAGACGUCGGACACGAACCCGGAGGGCGUCGCCACGCCGCCCGUCGACGCCGACCAGGGCGCAGCCCCAUGGAACAUCGCACAGCCGCGCUUCGGUCUUCUGCGGCGCGACACGCACUUCUCGAUCGCAAGCAUCGCAGCAUCUCUGCCGGGGCGCUCGAAGUCGGCGCCAACGGAGGAGGCGGGACAGCAGAUGAUGGAUGUCCCUUCGCGGCCAGGCUCGAGCCGCUCGAUGCUCCCGGAAGACGGGACGACAUCCGAGGAUGAGGAUGAGGAGGACGACGAGGAUGAUGAAGAGGAGGAGGAAGAGGAGGAAGGACACGAUACGCGGAGCAUCCGGAGCUUCGAGAGCAUGAUGAGCCAGCGUAGCCGGCAAGCCCGGAAGCGCAAAGCUGCGUCUGCGAGUGGGCGAAAAACGCUCGCAGACCGUCUUGCGAGUGUCCCUGGGCUAUCGCGGUUGUCUCAGUCCGCUCCCGGCGAGCCACCAAAGGUGCGCCACUUCGUCAUGUCGCCGACGGGCUCUCGCCGCUCGUCAUUAAUGGUGCCUCCCCACGGGGCGGGCAGUUCCAAGCAAGUCGAGUCGCCUGUGUCUUCGCGGCCGCAGUCCCCUAUUGCGAUUCGGAUAUCGCCCCCCAACAGUCGAUUCUUGAACUGCAGCGAGGAUGAUAUCAAGGUGUCGGAAGUCGGCGAGCUGCUAAGGGAGUACAAACGACUUGUAGAGGCUGUGAGGGCUGCGGGUGGGUUCCACGAAGAAUAA